GAGAGAGAGUGGAGAGGGAGGGGGGAGUGGGGAGGGGGACGGAAGAGCACACUCUCUCAUGUUCCGCCACGCCGCAGCUACGAGGCCAAAAAGCUACUUCUUCCUCGCGCACCGCCGUCAGCUGUCGAGCCAACGCCACGCCUUUCCCGUCGACUUCAUCGCCACCGCCAUCCGCCCCUUCCCGGAUUACUCCCUCAAGAAGCCCGCCAUCUAUGACGCGGAGCUCGUCCGCAGCAUCGUCACCGCCCUCAAGCAGCGCCGCUCCGAGUCCCCAGACGUCAUACUCGGCCCCUUCGCCGCCCGAUUUCGCUCCGACCACCUCGUCUGGGCCUUCCUCCAUCUCCGCUCCGACCCCGUCCUCGUCGGCGCCCUCCUCCACUGGUACCGACCCCGCGGUCGCCCCGUCCCCGCCGAGGCGCUGGCCAUCGCCGCCCACGUCGCCGUCGUGUCCGGCGAACCAGCAUCUGCGCGCCGGCUGCUCCGCGACGGCCUCGUCUCUCAUCGAAAUUUCGUCGAUCGGGUGAUCUACACCUACAAGUACUGGUGCUCCGUCCCCUCCGUUUUCGAUUUGCUCUUCGGCGCCAUCGUUGACAUCAAUAGGCUCGACGAAGCCCGCACCCUCUUCCGCCACUUGGUUACUUACGGGAUCAUCGUCUCUGCUGAUGCUUGCAACGCACUGCUUAGUCGCCUGACGCUCGAUCAUAUGCUGAGUACGUUCUCAGACUUCCAAGAACUCGGUCUUCGGUGGAACACCAAAUCUUGUAACAUCCUUAUUGACGGGUUCUGCGGGGCAGGAAAGACUGGAGAAGCCCAUAAGAUACUUCUUGAGAUGGAAGGAACAGUGGGUGCUUCGCCUGACAUUAUAAGUUAUAGCACCCUCAUUGAUGCGUACUGCCGCUAUGGGGAGCUUCUGCAGGCGACUGAGUUGUUCGAAGAAAUGGGUGACAAGGGUUUGAUGCCGAAUGCCUUUACCUUUAACAGUAUAAUCACCCUCCUCUGUAAGAAUGAAAAGGUAGUGGAAGCAGAGAGGGUGUUCAUGGAAAUGAUGUUCCGUGGAGUAGCUCCAGACCAUGUCGUAUAUACUACUCUGAUUAAUGGAUACUGCAAAAGCGGUAAGCUGCCUGCGGUGUAUCGGCUUGUUGAAGAAAUGAAGAAUAGCCAACUAGUUCCCGAUACGGUCACUUAUACUGCUCUGAUAUAUGGACUCUCUAGGAGUGGAAAUAUGGUCGAAGCAAAUAAAUUAUUCCGAGAGAUGGUUGGUAAAGGUCUGAGUCCUGAUGAAGUUACUUACACUGCACUUAUUGACGGUUACUGCAAGGAAGGGAAGAUGAAUGAUGCCUUUUAUCUCCAUAAUGAGAUGCUUCAGAUGGGCCUUGUCCCGAAUGUUGUGACAUACACUGCAUUAUCAGAUGGACUUUGUAAGCAAGGGGAGGUAGAGACCGCUAAUGAGCUUCUGCGUGAGACCUCUGGCAAGGGACUAGAGCUAAAUGUAUUUACCUACAAUUCACUGAUAAAUGGUCUUUGUAAAAUUGGUAAUAUAGAACAGGCUGUGAAGACCAUGGUGGACAUGGAGGCAGCAGGACUUUGCCCAGAUGUUUACACUUAUACUACCAUAAUGGAUGCCUAUUGCAAGUCAGGCGAGAUGGAUCAGGCACAUGACCUUCUUAGGGAAAUGUUAGACAAAGGUAUUCAACCAAGUAUUGUGACUUUUAAUGUAUUGAUGAAUGGCUUUUGCACUGCUGGGAUGUUAGAGGAUGGAAGGAGGCUUUUGGAGUGGAUGUUGGAGAGGAGUAUCGUGCCAAACAGUGCAAUUUAUAACUCUCUUUUGAGGCACUACUGCAUGGAGAAAACUAUGAAGACCACAACUAAAAUUUACAAGGACAUGCGUGCUAGUGGGAUAAUGCCUGAUGAGAAUACAUACAACAUUUUGAUCAGGGGGCAUUGCAGGGCCAGAAACAUGAAGGAAGCUUGUUAUUUUCACAGUGAAAUGAUUGGCAAAGGGUUCAGUCUCAGUCGUGGUUCUUACAAUGCACUUAUUAAAGGGCUUGUUAGGAAGAAGAGGUUGACAGAGGCAACACAACUAUUUGAAGAGAUGAGAGCCAAAAAUUUGGUUGCUAAUAGAGAAAUUUGCAAUAUUUUUAUUGAUAUAAAUUACACUGAACAAAAUAUCGAGAUGACACUUGAACUUUGUGAUGAAGCAAUAGAAAAAUGCCUUCCAGAGUCUGAUCUUAAUAAUAUUUGAUGCAUGCAUUUGACUACAGGAUUGUGGAGAUGUGCUGAAUAUCAAGUGUGGUGCUACGGCACUGGCAGAUCUGAUUAAUGAUUUGUAGUGCAAGAAUGUUAGAGGUUCGUCGCAUCAGGAAAGAUAUCUGGAGCUUUGAUCAACAUCUUCGUAUCAGAAUUGGCUAAUGGAAUGUUCAAGUUCAUUCCAGUGGUCGUGUUCAUUUCUGCUCUACCAUUGUUAACGAACAAAUGGCUUCAAGAAUCACAGGAUUCAUUCUUUCAGUAGAACAAUUUUUAUCUACUGGGUGCUGAUUGAUGCAGGUUUAGCAUUGAAUAUCUUACGAUUGGACAAAAACUUAUCUAUUAAUCUGUGAAUUAGACUGAUGUCUGAAAUGGAUCUUAACAAUGAGUAGUUAUCUGUAGAACUCACUCAACUCCGAUGAACUCUGUAUGAGCUAUGAUUGACUGAUUCAUGAUUUAAAAAUCGCUUUGGAAGGAGCAGCCACCAUAAUCAAUUGAUCUCAGCUCUUUCAACUUGAAGAAAGGUAGAGAGACUUCCAAAUUCCUGAAGUGGACAACUCAUCGCAAACCAUCUUCUGUUGCAAGUUCUGUUUUUCUAGAAGAUGAAUGCUGACAGAGUAUAUAUUAAGUUCAUCUGACAACAAAUAAAAUGCCAGUAAGUUGUUCUCUGUCCGGUAUAUCUUUUACCGGCAAUCCUAUUAAUCUCAGAGCUAUUAUUUUGCCUUUAAGAUGCAACUAGAAAUUCUCUGCCAUCACUAAGUUGAUGAGUAUUGUUUUGUUACUUCAAGAUACAGUGCCUAGCGCUAGAUGCUUGUUGGUACUGGAAUUGUCAUGCAAUAUCGUCAUGUCAAGUGUUGUUUGAUUAUCAUUUCUAAACCCACAACCAAUAUAAGGCAGUGUUAAAUGAUGCAGUUGCCAUACUAUGCAACUUAGUGUCCAUCUGACUUAUGCUUGGGAUAUUAUGGCAGCAGCAUUUGCGUCAUCUGACUUCUUAUACAGUGCCCUGUGCCUCUUCUGCCAAGGUACUAAUUUUGUAUUAUGUUUUGGUUCAAUGGUCAGAGUCGAAGCAUGAGUCCUGGAUAAGGUGUUUUUGAAACCUAUUCAGCGAAACAUAUGGAUAUGUUUUCAUGAUUUUGAUCGUUUCAGAAGAUGAUGUGUGGCCUUCAACACCUGCCAUCAGAAUCUUAUCCAUCUGAUUGUAUCCAUCACUGAAGAUUGUUUCCCUAUUGUUUGUACUAUUCAUUAAACUAAAACUAAUAUAAACUGUUUAUUUCACAGUUUAAGUUUUGAAGCCGAGGUUUCAUAUCACCAUCGGAGGUAAUUUGUUCGUUCUUGCUUGUAAUAAUACUACUCUAGUUUAAACGUCUCUGAAAUCCUCCAGCCUGUAGUAACCUUGGAAAUUCCGAGCUAAAUUGAAUUCUGAACUACAGAAUGUCUUACAUUUAUGAAUCCGA